AUCAUUCUGCACAAUAACGCCCUCAAGUGGCAAACUGCAGCAUUACAGGGUGACGCCUGUCUAAAUAUAGUUCAGUUUCGGUUUCCAAACAACACCGAGCAUUUCAUACUCCGACCACUCCGCAACCACAGCUUGAGUCCGGGUGAAAAGGCCCUUUGAAGAGCCGUCGAGGAGUGAUGGAGGCUAAAAUAUUAAAAUUCAUCUGCGCUAAUCAAGGAGCAGUUGAUGCUGAAGAGUUGAUGUUCAACCUUUUCCCAGGCCAGUCCGCGACUGAGGUGAUUUCCAACCAAAGCAAGUUUGCCCUGUGUUCCAGCAAUGGGCAACAGAGAGUGGUGGCCAGGACCAGCCUGAGGCUGUGCGGGAAGAAAGACUGCCCGGGGUUCUGCGGGGGGCUACACCUGUGUAAAAACUUUCUCUACACCGGCUCCUGUCACUUCCUCCAAAGAAGAGGCUGCAGUUUCCCCCACGUUCUGAACUCUGACUACAACCAAAGGCUGCUGAUGGAACAUGAGCUGGAGGGCCUGAGCAGGGCGGAGCUGUGUACGCUGCUGCUGCAGAGCGACAACUACAUGCUGCCUCCUAUAUGUUUUGAUUACAAUAACGGUGAUGGAGAAUUUGGCCGGUGUACGAACGGCGUAGAUUGUGAAAGACUCCACAUCUGCCAGAAGUCCCUGACCCAAAGCUGCAGCUGCUCCAGAGCCCACGACUUUUUUUCUCCUCAGACAAUAAAAAGCCUGCAUAAUAAGAUGGUGCCCGACAGCAUCAUUCAGUGCUUGAAGUCCGUUUACGCAAAUAGAGAAGCACUGAGGCUCCAUACGAGGCGGGGAUCUGGGAGGGCUAUGAGGGGAAACCUGACUGGUGCGGCUGGUGGCCAAGAGGGACAUGGAGCAGAUGAGCAGAAAGGCAGACAAAAAAACAAAAAUGUCAAAGAUAAAACCGAGAUAUGCAUGUACUUCAUUAAAGGCCACUGUAAGCAUGAUGACAAAUGUUUUAAAGCUCACGACAAGAUGCCGUACAGAUGGCAGGUCCAGGAAGGAGCCCUGUGGAAUGCCUUGCCUGAUAACGAGACAAUUGAAAAGGAAUACUGCGAUCCCAGCAACACGUACAGCAGCAGCAGUCCACCUGUUCAUUUUGACACCAUGACUCGAGGAGGGGACAAAGUGCGGCGUCUCACUACGGUGAACUCUUUGGUUGAGCCGACCUUCAUUCACACCACAGAGUGGCUCUGGUACUGGCAGGACGAGUUUGGAAAGUGGAACCUGUACGGUUCAGAUUGGGACAAGACGCAGAUCCCUCCAACAGGAUUCUCGAGAGUUGCCGUCCCGCGCACUAAGGAUGAAUUUCAAAAGAUUGAAGCACGUUUUCAUUCGACCUUGAGAGACUUCAAUAUUGUCAAGAUAGAGAGGAUUCAGAACAAGGCGCUUUGGGAAGCCUUUCAGUUGCAAAAGACUCAGAUGAAGAACAACAACAGAGGACGUGAGGUGGAAGAAAAGCAACUUUUUCAUGGGACUGACUCGAAACACAUCGACGCCAUUUGUCUCAACAACUUUGACUGGAGGAUCUGUGGAGUUAAUGGAACAGCUUAUGGCAAAGGAAGCUACUUUGCUCGGGACGCUAAAUACUCGCACAGCUACACUGGUGACUCUGAUGUCAAAACCAUGUUUGUGUCUCGUAUCCUGGUGGGGAGCUACACAAAAGGGGACUCCAGCUACGUCCGACCUCCUUCCAAAGACGGUGGAGACAUAAACUUCUACGACAGCUGUGUCAACGACGUCGCAAAUCCUUCCAUUUUUGUUGUCUUUGAGAAACACCAGAUCUAUCCUGAGUACCUGCUGACAUACAAGACCACACACCCACAAGUUGACAUAUUUAGUAGUACAUCAGCACAACAAUCAAAACCAUUGAUUGCCCCUAAGCCGCCAGUGUAUCAAGGCAGCGCAGCAUCAAAUCAAGACAGCUCUUCAAACAAUUCCUGUGUCAUGGCCUAAACGCAGCUAUGAAGUAAGAGGUGGGUGUAAACAGUGGAGGACGCUUAGUGAAUUUUUUCUAUUUAUUCUUCAAAAAUCAUCUAAAACAAAAAUAUGUCUAAAGAGGGUAAUGAUGUCUUUUGGUAAGCUCAAAGAAAUAUUCAGCACACUUGUCUAGAAUAUAAAAAAUUAUGGAAGUAAAAAUAAAAAUACAAACGAAGACUAAAAUGGACAAUUAAGUGACACUUCAGAUGGUCACUCAUACAUGAAGGACCGACGCUGGACUGUAACUCUGACAUGCACUUUGUACAUGAAGGGCAUCCGUCCAUCAGUUCCACAUAAACACGACUAACUGUCACAACUGGUGUUUUCAUCCCAACUCCAGGUUGCUUUUUGAGGGUAUACGGUGAGGUACAACGGCGAUAUAUUGAUGGAAUCUUCCACAGUCAAAGCAAAAACUAUUUGAGGGUUCCAAGAAAAAAAAGUCUCAAAAGCAAUAUUUUUUAGACCUCUUUAUCCAGAGGAUGGCGCUGUGAUGCUGCUGCGAUAAAACAAAUGUAGCAGUAAACACCAGAAGGCGACAUGGAUCAAGCGCAUAAAGUUUGCGUCAUGGAGCUACUACAAUCGAUUUAAAAACAUUUAGUUUUGGAUUGCUACAUGACAAACACAAGAGUGGCAUUUCACAAUGUUUUUCAUUCUGAUGCGUGUUUCCAGCUGUUAAUAAUCCAUUCCUUUAUGGACAAAAAGCUGAAACAAUAAGAACGAAAGCAGAGCAUUCUCAAAGCUCGUUCCCGCGUGAACGACAACGAUUUCUCUUUGAGAAAAUGGACUCUUGCUACUUUAAUGUAGGAGGAACAUUCUAAUGAAUCAGACCAGACAAGUCCAGAAUUCUUGCACUGAUUUGACUGAGACACACCAGGAACAACAAGGUGUUUUCUAACUGCCCUAACUUAGCACGUUUAAUAACGUACGUCAUGUAUUCAGGGAGCAGGUAGCCACAUCGCAUUAACAAUAUCGAUGGUUGGUGUGUGGGAAAAGACCAUGAAAGUAAAAAAUGUAGUAUUGAUGAAUAGACUCUACAUUGAUCAGCUAUUAAGAACUGAUAGAAACUUUUAUUCUUUAUUUUUAACAGUUCAUUUGUGUCUUUUUUUGCAUUCUGCUCUGUCUACUCAAAGUCGGUUGUGGCAGUCGACCACUUGCACUGAGUCAGGAUUCUGGUUCUGCUGGAGGUUCCUUACUUCUGUUGAACAGGAAGUUUUCCUCUCCACUGUCCCUACAUGCAUGCUCAGUAUGAGGGGCUGCUGUAAAGUCAACAACAAAACUGAAAAGGUCCAGGAGGAGGGAAUGCUGUGGACUCAAUGCAAUCUGCUGGGGUUCCAUACAUAUAAAUGUUUCAUCUACUUUGAAUAACUAAUUGAGCUGGCUGCGCGUUUAAUAACUAGGAUCAGCUGAAAUGUGUGUGUGAUUGAAGUGAAAAUAUUUUUUUGUGAAGUGCCUUGGGUCUUUGCAAAAAGUCAGGUUGUUGUGAAUUGGUGCAAUGUAACUAAAUUGAAAUGAAUUUAAAUGAUUUUCUAUCGGCCAGUAGAGGGCGACAAACUGUUUAUUUGAAAAUACGUCAAACAUUGAUCUGAUUGACGGUUGAGGCAAAUGAAUGAUUUCACACGAGUUUAGAAUGAAGUGAGAAAAUGUCAUGUUUCUGUCAAAUGUUAUGUUGCUUUAAUGCUAAUUAUAUUGUGCUUUUUAGAGACUGAAAUUGAAAAAACAAAUUUUAAAGACGUUUUGAAGUGCUGCUUCCUUGGAGCUGCAGUCUCCUACGCCAGAGGUUCCCAACUGCUAUUGCAGGGGGUCGCAGGAAACCCUCUGAAUGGAUGAAAAAAAAAAAAAAAGAGAAAAAGUUUGGGAACCACUGUCCUACGCAAUGAUGAAUUGUAUCAGAUUUUAGUUAAACAACAUCUGAGUGUUGGAAUGAGAUAAAACCAUCCAAGUUUUGGAUUU